CUACAGUUGCCCUAGCCAGUUGUAAUAAACAUCUGAGAAGAGAGCACAAAAGUCUGUGUGUUUGGUUUGGAUGUGCAGUGAUAGAGAGGAGUGACCAAGACUCAGUGGUGUGUGUUCUCGUCCCUGCUGGUCGGGGUACGAGUAGGGAGCUGGUCUCCCCAAACAGAUCCAUCUCGAAUUUUCUUUUCUCUACAAUUCUAAUACAGGACAAUGAGUAAAAUGCAGCUGGCUGUGGAGGAUUAUCAGGACUCUACCAGACGUGACUCGGUGGUGGAGGUCCAGGGAUACGUAAAGGAGUUCACGCGCCACUCUAAUGAUGUUCUGCUUAAUUUAAAUGAGCUAAGACAUCGCAACAUCCUGACUGAUGCCACACUUUUGGUGGGCAGUGCCCGGUUGCACGCUCACUGUGCAGUGCUCAUAGCAUGCAGUGGCUUCUUUUAUUCCUUGUUCUCCAAACACAAGACUGGUGCUGUGGGAGAACGAGGGGUUUCCCUGACUCUGCCAGAGGGGCUAGAUGCGGGCAGUGUGGCAUUGCUGCUGGACUUCAUGUACACAUCCCGCCUUCCUCUCAGCCCUGGCACCGCACCUGGAGUGCUCGCUGCUGCCACCUAUCUGCAGAUGGAGCAUGUUGCUGACACCUGCCGAGCUUUUUUACAGAAGAGUGAAAAUAUUUGUGUAAGCCCUCAUCUGGUGGACCUGGCAUCCAAAAACACCCAUGUGAGUUUUACCGUCAGCACAGGUGGCAGAUCACCUCCAGGCCACGCUUCUUUCUCCUCCUCCACUUCUAGACCUGCAGUGGACAUGGAGGAGCCCCGCUCUGCUCAAGCCAGAGUUCUUAGUGAGAGAUUAAAUUCAGUAGAGGCAACAAGAUGCAAAAGUCCUGCUCCCAGCUCUGAAUCACCAGCCUCUGCAAAUACUCCAUCACCAGGCAGUCCCUGUCAGUCCAGAGGUCAGCCUAACUCACCUGCUGAGUCCAGUGGUUGUAGUCUUUCCCCUAAACUAAAGCAUCGUUCUUCUGAAUCCAGACCUACUCCUGACCCAAAGGCUUGUAACUGGAAGAAAUACAAAUAUAUUGUCCUGAACCCUCUAUGUGCUACACAUAUUAAAGAGGAAGGGCCAGGGGAGGAGUGCCAAACUUCUGACCACUCUUCCUCUUCUAGCGAUAGUGAUCAGGCAGAUGUAACACCCAAACUGUCUGAUGAGGCAUGGUUACCUGCUGGACAUGGCUUAAAGGAUAUACAAACCCCUUCAUGGCCUACCAAGGAUUAUCACCACACACAGCAGACACUUACAAAGGACCACCAGCAGCUACUUCCCAGGAUAAGAGAGAGCCCAUUCCCCCCUUUGCUAAACAGCACCAAACAGAAUAUCCAUACAUUUGGAAAGCUUCCAGUCAAGCUUGAGAAUCACUCUCCAGUGAUUUGUUAUUCAGGAAAUCAAGGAAACACAAAACCUACCUGCUCAGGAGAAAAGCCAUACCGCUGUGAUGUGUGUGGGGCGCAGUUUAAUCGUCCAGCCAAUUUGAAGACCCAUUCUCGCAUUCACUCAGGAGAGAAGCCAUAUCGCUGUGACACCUGUGGUGCUCGAUUUGUUCAGGUGGCUCACCUGCGUGCCCAUGUUCUGAUCCACACUGGGGAGAAGCCAUACCCAUGCCACACCUGUGGAACACGUUUCCGUCACCUGCAGACACUGAAGAGCCACUUGCGCAUUCACACAGGAGAAAACCAUACAUGUGAGAAGUGUGAUCUGCGUUUUCGUCAUAAGAGCCAGCUGAGGCUUCAUCUGAGGCAGAAGCAUGGUGCUGUUACCAACACCAAAAUACGCUAUAAAGUCCUGGCUGAUCCGUACCACACUGGACCAGCCAUACUGCAAGCCUCCUAAGGGUCAACCAUUUUUACAAUAUCUUUUUCUACCCUGUCAAGUAUUGGAGUAUUUUUUAUUCCAUUCAGGUUUAUCAUAACUUCCGAUCUAUGCCAAGGCUUACAAAACUGCUCCAUUUGAAACAUUAUGCUUGUUUUACAAAAUGAGGUGGAGUGUUGCAUUCCUGGAAAGCAUAUUUACAUCAAAACAGAAAAACACCUUCCAGAAAUGCUGUUCUCCUGCGCUAGACGUGCUGAAUAUUAUUAGUAAUCAUAUUUUUCUACUUUUUUUUUUAUUAUUUAUUUGCCUGGCUUAGUGUUCUCUUUCUCACUUGGUUUUAAAAAUCUGUGGACAAAAGACAGAGACGGCACAUUAAAAAGAACAGAGUGUUAGGUUUAAUUAUUAAUUACAUUAUGAAAUUAAUAUUACAGUGAAUCAACAGUAAACUGCAAACUUUACAGCUGUCUGAACUACAAGAAAUAUUUCACUUCUAUAAAUUACAAUUCCUAAAGUAGUGUAAAUGGUUUGUGGAGGAAUGUGGUAGGAGUUUAGAUUGAUAUAAGUGAAGUAGGUUGGGUAAUAAAUGGAUAUGAUUUUAAGAAGGAAAAUGGGUGAAAUAUUGACAUGUGAAGUGAUGGACAAGAAAAGUGUGAUGAAAGGAUGUGUAUGUUUAAGAAGGAUAAAGAAAGAGAGUUCGGGUUAGAGUGUGAAAUUGUACUUUUUUGUCUGUAAUGUGGAAGAAUGUGUAUGCAAGUAAGAAAAACUAUGCUUUAGGUAUUUACUCAUGUUUGGAUUUACAUUUAAGUACGUACCAGUUUGUUUUCUUUUUCUUUGUGAAUAAGAGAACAUUUAUUUGCUUGGUUGUAUCUCAGUAAGUCUCUAGUUGUCAUGUUCUCAUACUUAUUGAUAUUUUCUAGUUACUUAUGCACUAACAAUUAUUUUGCCAAUACUAAUUCAAAAGGCCUGGAGCCUAUAGUAACACUGCUAUAGAUGUUGUCUUGAAUCCUGGAUUUGGUAAGAACUCGAUUUUUGAUUGAAGGAAGCUAUAUUAUGUUGAUGUUUUUGAUUGUCUUGGAGUCCAAGCAGGCCAAGGACUCAAACAAGCCAGACAGAAUAAAUGUAAAGGUUGAUGCUGUGGAUGAAGAUAUUAUUGACUUUGUCAAAUCUAAAGUUCUUUUGCUGGACAAAGACAAGACUUAUUUUAUAUAAAUUAAAAUUAAAUUAAUUUCUUUAAAUUGGAACUAUAUUGUCUGUGGUCAUUGUGUGUGUACUGUAUCAGUCUGUGGUCACUGUACUUGUAGAUAUGAGAAUCAAAAAAUGUCUAUGCAAGAAUUUUCUGAAAGGGUAUUAAAAACAUACUUCAACAAA